CUGUUUCUCUCUUUCCUCUUGAAUUUUAAAUUGCUAAUAAUAAUCAAACCCAAUUUUGAUUCUUUCUUUCUUCUACACAAUUGAGAACUUCUUUCUUCCACCUGCUGACUGCUUCAUCUUUCUUUCUCUCUCUCUAAAUUAGAGAGAAAGCUUCAUGAAUUCCAAUAAUGGACAUUAUCUAACUUCUUCUCAUCAACAAUUAAGACCUGAAUUUAUAUCUGUAUUCAUUGAAGGGAUUAAUUUGAUUCUUUCUAGAUGGAUUGGACUUCAACUUGCCAUAAAAAACGAAUGGGGUGGAAGAGAUUCUCGUCAGAAAUCAGAACAAUUUGUGAAUGAUAUCUUCUCUUGGUUUUCUUUAUCUAAAGUACCGUUAUAUGUUGAUGAUUUGGAACACAUGUUGGAUGAGAAAAUGUUGCUUUGUUUUAAUACGGAGAUCGAUGAUGGUAGCAUUGAAGAACAGGUAGCAGAAGAGUUGAUAAUAGUUUAUGAAGAUUGUUUGCAAGGCAGUCAUGAGUCAGUAGAAAAACUUAGGAAAUCUAAUUCUGGGGCAGAAUUUGUGUCCCAACACAAACAGAUAACUGCUGGACAUCGAGGCAUAGCUAGACCUUAAUGAUGACGUGGUUAUGUAUUAUAUACAAGUAAUAAAAUGCCGGAGAGGGAAGUAGUUGAUGAAGAAACUGCCGCAUGAAGUUUACUUACAUUGAGAGAAAGUCGUCAGAUGUAAAGAUCUUUUUUUUUUUUUUGUAAAUUACAUCAAUUUUCAGGAACUAUGUGAAUGUGAUCCAAUGCAUGGCUGAUCUAACAUGAGAUCUUCAAAGAAAAUAUUUACUUCCUCCACCAA